AAAUCCACAAAGGCACAAAGAUGGAAAAGGUGUAUUGGACUCUUUUUAAAGCUAAAAAAACAGUUCAAAAGAUUGCUGCUUUUCGCUUCAGUGCUGCUCCGAUUCUGUUUCAGAAGAUUAACAAUUUGAAAUUGUGACGAUCCUAAUUGCCAUCUUCUCGAUAAUAAUGAGGAAAAAAAGAUUGACGCGCUUUUCGUGUCCUCAGAAACUGCGGGUUUGCUGAAAUUCUCCUCCACUUUCCCAAGCAAAGAACAAAGAACCGCCCUUGUUCUCUGCGACUCUGCCCGGCCGGUCUCCGAGGCGGGCGGAGGGAACCAGAGAGCAAGGCGAGGAGCGCGGAAGGGCUGAGGGAAGGGGCGGCGGGGCAUGGCUCGCCGGCCGGCGUCGUGGGAGCAGGGCGGCGACGAGUACGACUAUCUCUUCAAGGUCGUGCUCAUCGGCGACUCUGGCGUGGGGAAGUCCAACCUGCUCUCCCGCUUCACCAAGAACACCUUCGCCCUCGACUCCAAGUCCACCAUCGGCGUUGAGUUCGCCACGCGCACACUCCAGGUGGAGAACAAGAUUAUAAAAGCUCAAAUCUGGGACACUGCUGGGCAGGAGAGGUACCGAGCAAUUACAAGUGCUUACUAUCGAGGAGCUGUCGGGGCGUUGCUAGUCUACGAUGUCACUAAAGUAAUGACAUUUGAGAAUGUGAAGAGGUGGUUGAAGGAGCUCCGGGACCAUGCUGACUCGAACAUAGUCGUAAUGCUCAUUGGCAACAAGACUGACCUUAGGCACCUGCGCUCUGUCGCCGUUGAGGAUGCUGCAAGCUUUGCAGAGAGCGAAGGUUUGUUCUUCAUCGAGACCUCUGCGCUCGAUGCGACAAACGUCGAGAAGGCCUUCCACACCGUUCUAGCCGAGAUCUACCGGAUAAUCAGCAAGAAGCCCCUGUCUUCGGAGGAGUCUGGUUUGGGGUCCGGUAACCUCAGAGAGGGACAGUCCAUCCAAGUGUCAGCCACAAAUUCUGGCGCCCUUACGUCGCGGUGCUGCUCUUCUUAGAGCCACGCCCACCAGGAUCAUCUGAAGAACAACAGUUCGUCAAGAAGGUCCUCUCUUCCGAGUCGAAAUAUUUACUCCCCUUUGUGUGAACAAUAAGCGUAGAUUUAAAGAAUGUCAGACUCAGACGCUGACUAUA